AAAAAAAAAAAAAAAAAAAACACUUACUAUCUCCUUAGCUAGAAAGAAGGGAAAAGAAAAUGGAAGUGGCUGCUGAAAUAGAAGAUGACUUGUUCUUUGCAGACUUAAGCAAGCAGAUUUCUCUUCUAAUCAUGGAUGAUGAUGAAGACCCACUUGCUCAUUGCCCUUCAGUUUCUCUCCACCAGGCCUUUUCUUGCGAAAUACAUCCACCAGUACAAACUCAGUUUCUGUAUGAGCAAAUCUGCAGAAGGGAAAGCAAAGGAACUGGUGUUUUCAUUCCCCAGCAAACUCAGCCCAGAAGGAAUAAUAAGCAAAGGCACGGAAGAUUUGGCAAUUCAUAUUAUGCAAAAUCCCAAAGAGUACAACAACACCAACAACAACAAAAACACCAUCAUCAUCAUCAUCAUGAGAACACAAAGAAUAAUAUGAUGGUUUCCCAGCAAGUAUUGCCCUCCACUGCCUCUUUUAGACCGAAAUAAAGCAGAGGAUAGACUUGUAAUUUCUCAUCAAGUUUACAUCAUAAUUAAGGGUUGAAAAAAGAAAAUCACAAUAAUCUCUACUAAUUAAUUUAUUUAUUAUUAUGGCUAGGAAUAUUUUUAUAUAUGGUUUGUAUAAGGAGACCGUGUAUAUAUAGUGAUCAGCCUAUUGCUUGAUUAGUGUGUUUAGAAAAUAUUGGAGGUUCACCAAAGGUUUGUACUCCUCCAGGGCUCCAGUUGUUGAAAUAUGUACGGAUUUUUAAUUAUUUUGCUGUGUAUGAUAUAGGACAAGCUGGAUGAUUCAUUCAAUAUUGUAAUAAAUUAAAACUAUUCUUGAUGUUUUAGA